AUGACACCGAGACUUCCAGCUGAGGGUGACCGGCGAGCAUGCUCGCGAACAUGUUGGUCGUCACCACCACAGACGGCCGAGCAUGUUGGGCUCGGCGCUCGGCCCGCCUGUUCCGACGAGCCGAGCGCCGAGCCCAACAUGCUCGCCGGUUGGAAUGCUCGUCGACCCCACACACGGGCGAGCAUGUUCGCCGCCAACACCGUCACGAGCAUGCUCGCGAACAUGCUUCCACUCUCCCAGUUUCUAGCCAGUGGUAGGAGCUACGAGAAUCUGAAGUUUAGUUGUGCAAUAUCUCCGCAAGCACUAGGAAAAAUCAUACCAGAAACUUGUGCAGCUAUUUUUGAUGUUCUAAAGGAAGAUUUCUUAAAGUUUCCUUGCAAUGAAUCGGACUGGAUGAACAUAGCUGUGGACUUCAAAAAGUACUGGCAAGUUGAAAACUGUGUCGGCGCUAUAGACGGAAAACACAUAGCGAUUCGUCAACCUCCGAAAAGUGGGUCAUACUACUACAACUACAAAGGGUUCCACAGCAUU